AACUGGCUCUAAUUCCCUCUAAAGAAGGUAGAAAUGGAAGAUGGUAUUAGAACUACAUCAAGCGAUCAAGGGAAUGUAAAACAAGGGAUAUUCAGUAGAAAUGGAGCAAUUGAAGCAGCUAAACUUAGCCAUGAAAUUGAAGAUUUUGAAAAAUUGAGUUAUUUUUGGAACCUUAAAUGACAUUUACAUACUCUCUGCCAAGCCCUUACUUAAAAAAAUCAAGGUAUGUCCCUCGGAUGAAUAGAAAAUAUUAUAUUACCCUGCCAAAGGACGUAAUUACUUUCUAUCUUGUUUGUUUGAAACCAUAAAAAAGGACAAGCACAGCUUUUCAAAACUAAGAAAAAUCAGUGUAAUACCAACCUCAACCAGAUCACACUUGGCCCUCUCACAAAAUCUUGUGACUUUAGAAGAUCUUGGAUCCAGGUUGUUGUUAGAAUAGUGUGCCCCAAGAUCUCAGCGGGAGAAUGCUUCAGGCUUGUCUACUACGGCGCCCUCGUCGGUCAUGUUUGCCGUUCGUACAUCAUCACUGUGGAUGCCUUAUAUGACGAUAACCACAAGAUCCAUCAAUCAUAUGCUCCACAAAUAGGCAUACGACAGCCCCUGAGCUUCACUCUCGCUCGAAACCAAGCCUGCGCUUGCUAAUUUAAUACAAGACUAUCUACAAAAUCAGCAUGUUAUAAUGGCCAGCAACUACAUUCCAAAAGACAAAGAAGACACACGUGAUUCAUCCAUCACCAAGAAAGGUACUACAUUUCUACUUUACAAAUUACAAAUUAUCCACACCUUUAAUGUUCGUUCUCCUCACAUGGUUUAGCACUCUAUGCCAGUAUUUCAUAUGAUACUCGUUACAUAUAUAGCCAAAAAUCAUAUUUAUAUCAAUAUAUACCAGAAUCCGCAAAGCAUACACCUGUCUGUGCACAUAUAUACAUGUACAUAAUAUAAAGCAAACGUAAUGUACACAUAGAAAAAUGUGUAUCUGCAGAUCUUUGUAUCUACAUAUCUAUGACAUUGGUUCAUUGUGCAACCUAUGAAAAUCACACGACCCACCUUUAGGGUACAGGCACGACUACACAGGUUCGGUUGUCCAAAAAAUUAUUGAGAACAAAAAGUUUUGCAUACAUAUCAUCCAAAUGGUGAAACCUCUAUACAAAUAUUCAUAUGUGUGUAUAUAUUUCUGUAUAUAUAGAAUAAUAUCACACAACAUAUCUCACAACAUUGUUAUACCUAUACUUGCACAGAUAACACAAAAGAACUUCUUGACAUUGUGCUGGAAACCACCAGCAAAGAUGAACUUAUUGAAUGUGGCCAACGCACACCCGAGAACACCAGGCACGGCCUCUCUGGUUACAAGAUACCAAAGAAAAAGCAACCAUCUUCUGCCCCUCUCAGAAAGAGGUCUGAAAAAACACAAACUCCCCCAGCCAGCAUAAUAGUGGGGCACACUAAGAGCAGUACGGCAAAUUGACUGCUCUCAUAUCCAACAGCCUGGCGAGUAGCUUCUACCACCAGGACAAAUCUGAAGAAUUUCAGAGACACGCAGAGAAAGAUCGAUAUCCUACUUUUCUCUACCCGGAAGUCAACGUCCGAUACAGAAAUGAUUUCUUGUCGGAUUUGCAAAAAUAAGUGGCAGAGGCCUGUUGCACGUUUGCAAGGACCAUGUGCAACAUACUGGCCUCUCAUCACGAAUCAAUGAGGUCAUCGCAAGAUGAUCUCACACAAAACUAUAUAGACAUGGCCAGGAAAAGAUAUCCCGGUGCUGGUAUUGUAUCGAGGGCAGAAACCCUGGCUAUGGACAAACAGAUAAAAUACAAAGGAACCAGAGAGGGCCCAACAACAGGCAACAAGCAGAAAGGCGAACGGCGUUCAACAAUUUUGAAUAUAUAAUUAAAUAACAAUAUACAUAUAAUUUUAUUUUAUUUUACAACUAUACUAUAAAACCUCAUUUACAUUGUCUUCUAUUGUUCUCGCUGCAUACAGGAUCCGAGGGUACACGUAAAUUCACAAAUCAACAUAUCAAAACAUGCCUUAGACAGAUUUUAGGCCAAAUAGGAAACAUCGCGUGAAAGCGAAAACACAAAAAUUUCGCAUAUUUAUUAUUCCAUGACCUUGAUUUUGUCCAAAUAUAUCUCUUUGUUAUAUAUCUGUUUUCUUGUUUUAAAGCCUGCCCCCCUCAGGUAUUGUUUUUUGCUCGAGUUUGCACAGUCCCAAUCAUACAAUGAUCGCUUAUAACAAAUUCGAGGACAAUAGUCUUGGUUAUAUUGUGUGGCAUGUUGGUCAAAAUGAGAUGAACUAGAUAUGUGGUCUCCUUAGUAAUUCUUGUAGGACACGUAACAAUUUAGGGAAAUCCAGAACAUGAAAUUAUGUGAUAUGGUGGUGAAGAGCCCCAGAAGAUAAAGGAGCCAUAGAAUACCGGAAUCCCAGAAUAUAGCGGAAUUUUUUUCUAAAUUUUUUUAUUAUUUUGAUCUUGGAAUUGGUAUAAAUUAUCAGUUGUACCAUUAGUUUAAUGUGUUGUCGUUAUUUUCAAGAAUAAAAAUCUAUCAAAUCGCUUUUAGAAUCAAAACUAGGAUCGGAAUGUCAACAUGAAAAAAAACUUCAUAUGCAGUCGAAAAUAAGUGGAAAACACUUAAUCAACUGAGGAUUGUACAUAAAAGCAAAAGUUACUGUUCAAAUAAUACAAAUCUGACUAAAAUUCAGCAAGGAAAGAGGGCUUAUCAAUCUCCCUUACAAUUAGAAAGAUUUCCAAGAGACAAAGCACAACUGUGUGUCAUAGAUCUGAGGUAACUUUUAAAGGAGGGAGGAAACCGUCCGCACCUGCGACUCUUGGCAGCGAAAGUGGCCUAUGGUAAUGCUUGCUUGCAGCCUGCGUGCAUAUCUUUUUCCACUUUUGCAAGAUUCCCAGUAAUUUUGCGCAUUAGUGCUUGUGAUAAACACACCUGCGUAAAUAAAAUUGGCCCGAAGGGCCCUGGAAUAGGCUUGCUGUUUUUCUUCAAACCUUCUAUAAAAUACUCUCUUGGAAAUUGUUAAACUAGUAAAAAUCUUCCGAUUGGAAAAAACUUUCAGCGAAGGUGAAUAUAUAAUUAUGCAUACAUAGAUGUAUAACUGAACUUUUUUGUUUUAAAAUGUUACUAAUUGAGGCACCUUGUUUACUCUUUCUGUUUCAAUACGUUCUAUUAGAUGCCAUAUUAAUUUAAAUUAAUGUCUUUUCAGAACGUACGAAUGUGAUAAAAAACCAUUUUUGGUGCAGUAUCUCUUUUAUUUAUUCACUAUGUAGCUUUAAAAGUAUUCAAAUAAUUGAAGCAAAAUUGCUAAUUUCUUAUAUGCAAUUCAACUCUACACGUGCUUCUGUUCAGUAAACCCUUGCAAGGAAGAAUAGACGUUUUAAGAGUCAGAUAGCAAUGAACAAAAUUUCAAGGGUGUUGGUUUGGCAAAAGCACCCCAGAUUUUUCUUAGUUCAUUUAGAAAAAAUUGAAAACUGUUUUUAGCGCUUUUGUCGUUAAAAUUUUGUCGUAUGACAGGAAAUUUGCUUGUUUCUCAAGGAUAUCCCCCCCCACCCACCUGAAACAUGAAGUCCCGCCUCUGUCAGAUUGUAUUGUGAAUUGUGAAUACACUAGGUAUUUCAUUGAAGAACGACAAAGAGUCUGUUCCUACUCAAAUGGCUUCCAGGGGUUGCUGUAUACUUUUAUGCAGGUUAUGUGGUGCUUCCGCUUUAUAUGAUAAUUUCAAAGGUGAAUUUCUAGAAGAACAAAUAUCUAUAAAGGAUUAAAUGUUCAUACUUUGCGUCUAAAAUAGGCUACAUUAAUAAUGCUUUUACUUGGUACUUACACUUUUAAAAUACUUACUUCUAAUAACCUUUGUUUUAACAAUCUGCUCUACGUUGUACUAUAUCCUCUUGCGGGAUUUUAUAGGACUGCAAAUUAAAUUAAAUGUGACACGCUUCAAGGUUGGGGAACUGUUUUCAUUUGAAAUCAGCUCUUCGGUAUCACUUUCCCCUGCAAAGUCCAAGCUAUCUGCUUCGUCAUUUAUCUCAACAUUACUUCCAACUUUCCUUUCCUGUUCCUCUCCAGAGCCAUUAACGGCAUUUUUCUUUGUUGAAAAGUGGUCAUUACAUGUAAAAUCAUGGCAUACACCUGGUGAUGAUAAAUCUACGUUUGCAAAGUUAUCACAAACACCUGAAGAUAGGGGCUCAUCAGCUAAAAUUUGGUUAUAUGUAUGAUCAUCAGCAUAACUUGCUGCCUCCACUUCGUCUCAGUCCCAUUCAAAUUCAUUCUCCUCUUCCUCUGUCUUUUUAACAUUGACCUGAUGCAUAGGAUCUGUUUCAUGAAAUGUUGCUGCAUUUCCUUCUGUUAAUUUCUCAUGACGACUGUUUGGAAAAAAUUUAAUACUAAAGACUGCCUUCCUAUGGCAUCAAAAUUCACUUACAAACCAGUGUCAUUUCCCCUUUAGAAAGUUUCCAUUACCAACUUCGUUUUGCAGGUCGAUAGCCUGCAAGUAAGCAAUAUCACAUGCAUUGUUAUUAUCCAGCCAAAGAAAAGAAAGAAUUAAUGACCCCGAUGUAGCAUUUUCAAUAUUUUCUUGCGUACUUCCAGCUACCCUCCCUUCAAAUGGGGCGAAGAAAUCAUGGUGAAAGAGGUUGCCACGAGCAGCAACCAUGUGUGCCAUGUCACAAACUAAAACAUUUGGUUACUAACACAUUUCAGACUCCUUAAAGGUCAUAUGCAAUCAAAGCAUUUUUUUGUUGAAAAUUAAUAAUUACGCUAUGUAGAUUUCAGAUUUUCAAACAAAAUUUUAAAUUGAUUUGAAUAACCUGUUAAAAUUAGCACCUGAUUUCUGUUUUCCUUACAAAUUUUGUUAAAAAGCCGCGCUAGCAAAAGGGCUUGGAAGUAGCGAAGGUGUGACAUAAGAUGAGUCACAAAAUAGCCCCAUGUGGAUACGCGAACGUAAGAUGAUAACAGACUACUAUACUUGAAUUUGGGUCUUCGUCGUCGUCGAAUAUUGUUAUCAUAAUGCCUAUCAUAAUAUCAUAAUGCCUAGAAGGUGCAUUGUUUAUGGUUGUGGAGAAUCGGCUAGUGCAGCAAAAGGAGUAUCGGUUCACAUUAUACCUUACUUCGGGGAUAAGACGCCUAUUGCAGUUAGUCGAAGGAAGAGAUGGACUGAUUUCGUCGAGAGAACAUGGAAGAAUUGGAAAGCGACGAAAACAUCAGGGGUUUGCUCAAAACAUUUUAAAACUGAAGACUUUGGGCAGCCCUACGUUUCGCAAGAUGCUCUACCUGGCUUUGAAGGGUCAUUUAGAAGAUCUCUCUCUCAGGAUGAAUAUGGAAUUUGUUCAUAUCCAGCAAUAUAUCCACCGACAAUUGCUGAAGCCUCAACGUCGAAAAGUGUAUCAACACAUACUAGUAGGCUCAUCGACAGGUUAGAAGCUUGUUUUCUUUUUCGCUUUACCGAUACAUUUGUUCUUCGUAUGUUAGAAAGCUAAUAGUGGAAAAUGUAUUUUUAACAAAAAUCUUCUCGUCAACAGAUCAUUCGCGAAGCAAUGCGUGAUUGCAAUGCACCGACAGCUUCCGAAGAUGCACCUGAGACCGGGUCUAGGUCAAAUACUUCCCGUGAUCGGCAAGCCUUAGAAAGCAACGAUAAUGAUUUCUUUGAACCUGUUUCUUGUGUGGAAGAUGAACAGGUAAGCAAUUCUUUCUUGGUAAUCAUUAUUUCAAUAAAGUGACUAAUUGUUAGAUGGGUACAUUUUGUUGUUUCAAAGCGGUUUGCUGAUUACAAAGUGAUGGGCAAGUCUUUUGAUAAUUGAUUACCCGGAUUUUUUAUAGAUUUUACAACGGGUAUUGCCUUUGCCUUGUAAAACUCAUGAAUAUAUAUAUUGAUUUUUAAUGUAUGUUAUUUGGCAGAGCAUUAAGGGUGCAGAAGGGGGUUCAUUUUUUGCAAGGGGGGACUAAAAGCAGUAUUUUUCGUAAAAAUUCCAACCAAGUAGGAUUCUUUUUCUUAUUUUUCAGACAUAUAUAAUACUGUAGGGGCCCCAACAAAUGCAAACUUGCUGCGCAUCAUUAUUAUCAUUUCUUUUUUUGCAUUGAUUAUCAUCAAAUCUGUUGGUUCAAUAAUUUCUAGUGACAUGUAUUUCUCUUUUAGUUCCAAGAGACUUCAACAGAAAAAGACCCCUGUCUAGGCUGCAAAAGACUAUCAUCAGAUAACCUGAGGCUGAAAAACCUUUGGUUGGGUGCAAAGCACAAAUUAAAGUUAGAGAGAAAUGAAAAAUCAAGGCGAACCUCCUCGAAACAAACCACCACCCCUUGAAUAAGCCCCCAUGGGUACUGUAAAACCUCGAAUUGGACCCCUCAAUUUGAUGAUUUUCCCAUCUGAGAUUGCCUUUGGUGUUUUAUUGGAUUACCACAAAAAUUGCUACUUUUAGUACUAAUUAAUUAAAUGUGCAUAAAGAAAUUCCUACUAAAAAUGAGGUCUUUCAAUAAUGUCUUCUUAAUAUCUACAAUAAUUUUAUAAGGCCACCCUCGUAAAGGCCCCUCUCAAAUAAGCCCCCAUCAAAAAGUAUCAAAAAUAACAAGUCCCCAGGGGACUAAUUCGAGGAUUUACAGUAAUCAUGUUUUACUAUCACAUUUGACCUUUGAUAAAAUGACAUUUGACCUUGAAAAGCUUUGAUAAAAUGUCAGAACUUGAAAAGAUAACAAUUCCUCUGGCAUACUUUCCUUGUAGAUGAAAAGUGUAUGAUCAAAUUUGACCUAUAAGACUCCUUCUACAGAGCCAAUAGUUUGAAAUAAUAACACUUCAAGAUCUAUCAUUUCUUUGACAAAAAGGUUACAUGUCAGUGAUGUUAGUCUUGAGGAAAGUGAUCAUGAAGAGCUUACAGUGCUAAAUAGUGACAACGAUGAUGAUGAUGAUGAUGAUGACAAUGAUAAUGCAAUGGAAACUGAUAUCAAUGUGGAUGAUGAAGAGGAUGAAUAUAUUGUUGAGGAGGAGGGUGAUGAUGUUGAAGACUCAGAUGAUGCCAUAAACAACAAGGCUAGUGAAAAUGGAUCAGGGACAGUGCGCACAGAGCCCAAGUUCAUAGUUUUCCUCUCUCAGCUGCUUCUAUUGCUUCGUGUUUGUCAUACUUGUAAAGCUGAUGGUCUCCUGACAACAUAUAGAGUCAUUGGGACAAUGAUAGAAGUAUCAACUUUGUGUGCCAAUCCUAUGUGCUCCAAAAAGAAAACAUGUGGAAAAGUCAGCCUGAUAUGCCAGGAACAAAAAUACCUGCAGGAAACUUUCUCCUUUCAUUUGCGAUUAUGGUGGCUGGUACAUCUGCUACAAAAGUUUCAACAGUUUUUAACCAUAUGGGGCUUGCAUGCAUUUCUCUUCGUACAUAUUAUCAUCAUCAAAAGGAGAAGUUAUUUCCAUCAAUCUUUGUGAAUUGAAAAAAAUACCAGCAGCAAUUAUUAAACAAAAUAAAUAACAUUGGCGAGAAACUCAUUGUGACUGUGGAUGCACGCCAUGAUAGGUCAACAAGAAAUACAACCCCUCAGGUUGCGAAGCGUGACGUCAUACAAUCGCCUUUUCGUGCGGCACCGAAUUCGCGUUUAGCGGCUUAGAUUGAAGUUGCAAUGCAAUGGCGGCCGAGUUCUUGCAGCUUCAGGUAGAGCAACAGGUGGUCAAAGGAGCAAUGAAUAAAAUCUCAAGAAGUACGUGUUGUACAGUGUAUUUGUUAUGCGUACUCCAUUUCUUUAUUCCAGCUAUAUUUUUGUUUGAAUCACAUAAAUAUAAUAAUUACGCUCGCUUUUCUAAGCCCUAAAGAGACGCAGAAAAAAACACUGAGUAUUUGCUUUUAGAAAUUAGAAGACACAAUUAAUCUUACAAAUAUUUGAGAGAAGAAAAAGUGCCACCAAUCAUUUUUAGGCUAUCUUUAUGCAACAAAUUGCACUGCAAUUAAUUUUCUGUGCUUUUUCAAAAUCUUGCCUACCCCUAGAUCUAAGAAAUUUUUCAAGAAACUGCAAGUAUUCUUGUUCAUAUAAAUCUUACUGUAUGAAUCACUACUGGUUAGACUUCUAACGUAACAUAACAAAUUAUUAGAAUUCAUAAUGCAAUUUUUGAAACACCUUCAGUUUUAGCAUUUUUGCAGUAAGAUUUUGUGAAUUGCUACUGAUUAAA